UAAAAUAUAAUACAUGAUCUUUAUUGUACACUGAUUUCCGGGAGGAAAGAAAAAAUGUUUUAGUCAACCCGGUUCAUAUAAGAUUGGUUAUCCAAAAUGUUUACUUUUGAUUUUGUGCCAGAAUACAGAAAGAACAUAAAAACAUGGCGGCAGUGAAUGUGGAUGAGGAAAGGGGAAAUGAGAGCGUAAGAUCAUGGUUCUCAAGAAUUCAAGAUACUUUAUCUUUAGCAGUCUCUUCCACUGCAAGAAUUAUAGUUGAUAAAAAGGCUUUCGAAAAAGCAGGAAGAUCGAUUGAAAAGGUUUUACGACUAUGUCAAAAUCCAAGAUUGAAUUUGAAUAAUAGUCCACCUUUUAUGCUUGAUAUUUUGCCAGAAACCCAUUCUCAUUUAAAACUUAUACUUCAAAAUUAUGAUGAUAAAUUACAGCAACUUAAUGAAUAUGAAUAUUUUAAGAUUUACUUGGAGAAUCUUGAUCACAAAUGCAAGCAAGUUUUGAGGUUAUUUAAAGAAAGUAAGGAUAGAGUAUUUGAUGAGAGGGACAAUUCCAGAAGGAAACUAACAAAGUUAAGCUUAAUAUUUAGCCAUAUGCUAUCAGAUUUAAAAGCAAUUUUUCCACAUGGCUGCUACAUUGGCAAUAAUUUCAAAAUAACAAAAGCUGAUGCAGUUGAAUUCUGGAACACAUCUUUUGGAUCGAGUCGAACAAUAGUGCCGUGGAAGCAAUUUCGAGAACAUCUCCAAACAGUUCAUCCAAUUGGAUCUAACCUGGAAGCCAUUGCCUUAAAGACCACUAUUGACUUUGUUGUUAAUGAGCACGUUUCCAUAUUCGAAUUUGAUGUCUUCACAAGACUCUUUGCACCGUGGUCGAACAUCAUACAAAAUUGGAAUUUACUGGCAGUCACCCAUCCUGGCUAUCUGGCAUUUUUGACAUAUGACGAAGUAAAAGAAACCCUCACAAAGUAUUUUCAUAAGCCAGGCAGUUACAUCUUUCGCUUGUCAUGUACUCGCUUGGGUCAGUGGGCUAUUGGGUAUGUUACUGCAGAGGGGACAAUAUUGCAAACCAUUCCGCAACACAAGACAUUAAUGCAAGCGUUGGUUGAUGGGGCACGAGAUGGAUUUUACAUAUUCCCAAAUGGACAGGACUUCAAUCCAGACUUGCAACCUUUCUUAGUGGAAUCGAAAGAACAGCAUAUCCAAGUUUCCGAAGAGCAGUACGAAAUCUAUGUCGAAAUGGGAUCAACCUUCCAACUGUGCAAGAUCUGCGCUGAAAAUGACAAAGACACGAAGAUCGAGCCGUGUGGUCAUUUAAUGUGCCACUUAUGUUUGGUACACUGGCAGGAUACUGGCGGAACAGGUUGUCCUUUUUGCCGUUCUGAUAUUAAGGGAAUUGAGAAUGUGAUCGUCGAUCCGUUUUCUCACAAAUUAAAAGCUGAAAAAACAAAAAACGACACGUCGCCGGAUAAUCCUCCACGCGUCGGCAAUAAAGCACCUUCGGCUCCCAAUGAGACUUUGCCUCGCUCAAUGCCAAUUCAUAAUAAUCGUGUCGAAGAGAUCAAUCACGCCGAAAUGAUUCAGCCACCUCAUCAGAUGCAUCAACAAUCACUGCCGCACCUCCCCGACCGAGGCAACCAUCAACGACCACAAAGAAAACGCCCGGAAUCACCGGCAGCCGGCCAAUUUGAGGAUGCAACCAAUUGGGUUUCAUCAAACAUGACACGUGACACUAACGUAGAUGACGCACAGCUUUUUUCCGCUACUGCACAAAUUUCAAACGCUGACUUAACUGAACAAAACACCCCUCCCGUGAUAGUAAGCCCGCCUCCUCUGCCUCAUCGUCAGCCGAAUUUCGAAAGUUGUUGGGACAGGCCGCAGCGGUCACCCCGCUCAAGUCCGCUUCAUUCUCCGCAGUCAUCACCUUUCCAUUCUCCGAAUGGUUCGCCUACCAACAGCCGCCGCAGAGUACCAUCACCUGGUCUUGAUGACGGUGCCGUACCACCGAGAAUACCUCAGCCAUACAAAGGAAAUUCUUCUUUACUACGAGAACAUGCAGUUAAAGCUAACAGCAGCGAGUUACUCUCGGAAGGUAUCCACUCACGUUGUGGGUUGAAUCAUGCUGAUACUAACAACGUUGGCUUUAUACCGCCCAUUCCAGCACGACAGCGAGAUUCAGCUCCGGCGCUUCCAGAACGUAAUCCAUUUAUGUGUCGCAGUUUGUCGCCGGCACCCGACAGAUUUCAACCUGUUAGGAAGGAUGGUAGCUUAAAAAUGAAACGGACACCAAUGAACUUUGAUCCGGAGUGUAAUUCUUCUUUAAAAAGGCGUACUCGUUCGGACGAGAACUUAGACCGCUCUUAUGAUAAAGAGGAUUUCGAAGAAGUAGGAGAAUUUUUCAAUAGGUCUUGUAGCAUGAGUCUAAAAAAAGUUGCCAACGAAAACACAAAACUAUACGAGCCAAUCUUUAACGCAGAUCCUUUUUUGUUUCCGAAAAAUCCACACGAACCUUCCUCAAGUGCGCACGCAAUACCACCGGAACAAGAAGAGAAACCAAUCUUUCAAAACUUUACUCGUAGUGACAGUGUAAGAAAGCUAGACCCCAGCCGACCGGUGCCUCUACCGCCGUCUGUGGAGAGCGAAGAUCCAUCCGUAGAGAACGACUUAGAGAGGCCAGAUACGUUGUCACUAGACUUUGCUGUUGUAAAAUCCGAUAAUGAUUCUCCAACUCCAGUGUUGCCACCAAAAAAGAACCGGCAAGGAAAAUCUUUGUCGUCUAUGGAGAAUGAAGGGACGGAUAAAAAGAAGUUAAUCCCAGAAAGUUUGUUACCAGUUAAUUUGAAGGUGAACCAGGGUAAUGUCUCUCCAUUUGACGAUGAAUUUAAUGCUGACGUGGCUUUCUGCUUUGCUACAACAAACAACGACGAAUCGCAAAAUCGAAAAGGUAAUGAAGUGUAUUAUCCCUUGCCUAACAAUAUGGCUGCGUUAUCGGAAGUAUUGCCUGAAUGCGAGGAUUUUUACGACAGCAAUGAAGACAACGCGAUGCAAAACUACGACUCGCCUGUUCCGAUUAUCCAUUCCCCUGUCGACCAAAAUGCUCCGUCGCGGUCUGUACAUAGUUCAAGUUCGGCCGAUACACCUAUGUCGGAUCAUGCUGCUGAUCCAUUCUCCGAUCCAUUUUUUACUACAUCGACAGACGAGGGUGAAAAUGCACCGCCCCCUAUUCCACCACACGGUCGUAAUAUGCCAACCGCUGGGGUACACCGCCGAGGGAUGAGUCCAGCUACUUCGGUGGAUAACAUUCCUGAAUCGGAAUCUCGUGUAAACAGUGCUGUUGACCCUCUAACUGGUGAAGUCAUUGUGGCAGGUCCUGGUAGGUUUUUUGACGGCCGACAAACACGAAAUGACGCGUCGAAUCCAAUGCAGUAUUACGAUGAAGACUUUCAAAUUUUAAUGGCUCAGGGUUACUCGAGAGAAGCGAUCAAAAAAGCGUUGACGGUUGCCAACAACAACUUUUCUAUUGCACGAAAUAUUUUGAAAGAGUUUACUCCAAUCUCUAAGUAAAUGUCAGUUUCGACAAUUUCUGUUUUAGGAUCUGGUAACUAAAUUUGUAUUUUACACGUUACACGAUUUUCUAGUAAAUGUUCGACCUCCUAGAGAUCUUUAAUUUGACAAUUUUUAAGUCUUUUUCAAAAUAAAAUGUUUGUAGAGGUUAAAUUUGAGUACCGGACUAAAAGCAAAGCAUUAUACACAAAGUGUUCGAUCUGUCUGUUUUUCGUCGUUAUUGUCGGUGUUUAUCUCCAUCAUAUUUGCAUUAUUGUAUAUACACACCUCCAUUAUAUUUUGAUAUACUAUUUUACGUUUAUAGUUUUUAGAUUACUAGCUUCCGCAUUAUUCAGCGUUCAGUUUUUGAAACAAUCUUCAUGUUGUCAUGUCUGAGUAGAAAAUUGUAAAAAUUUGAAAUUUUACUCAAUACGCCUUAGUUACCCAACACGCCUUAGUUGCCCAACACGCCUUAGUAACCCAAGUAACUAUUAAUUUGUUUUUAGUUUUUUUUCUGAGUAAAUAGAAUUAUUUUCUUUUCCCUCAAAAAAAACCAGUCAGCGCAUAUACCUAUUUUUGUAUAGUUAUUUUUUUGUUAUAUAAUUAGAUAAGGUCAAUUUUGCAACUUUGUUCCCAGACCGGCUUGUUAGUAUUAAAUAAAUUUGGGAUCAAAGUUGCUUGUCAGUAAUGUAUUAUAAAUUGAAAAAAACUUUGAACGAUUUAUUUUUGGGUCAGCUCCUACACAUCAAAUAAAUUUGUAAUUUUUUGAAAUGGUCACCAAGAGACUUAUAAUAAAGUAGAAAA